AUGCCUAUUACCUGGGACGACAGAGCCGACGCCAAGCUUCUUGCUGGCGUCCUCUUGCAGAACUCUUCGGGGCUCGACUUCGCUGCUCUUGCCGAGUACAUGGGCGAUGGAUGCACCAUCAGUGCUUUGCGUCACCGCAUUGUUCGCAUCAAGAAGAAAGUUGCCGACGAUGAGAACCUGAUGAACGCAGGCCAAUCCAACCCCGGUACCCCCAGUACCCCUGCCGCUAAGCGCAAGCGUGCUCCGAAUGCCACUCCCAGGGCCACUCCCACCAAGCUGAAGAAGGAGACCAGCUCCGAUGACGACGAUAAGCAGGAUCUUAUCAUCAAGGGCAACCAAGCUGAGGCCGAGGAAGGCGGCGAGACCAAGAAGCUCAAGCCUGAGGACAUCUUUUCCGAUGAGUAUGAGCGCUUUGUCCGCAAAUACAAUAACGAUUCAGAAGACUGA